AAGGAACAAACUCGGCGGCAGAGCCCGCCCCGUGACGUCGAUUCCGCGCGCUGCCCCGGAUGUUGUUGCCGCGGCCGCGGCCGCAGGACGGGCACGGGCGCGGCGCGGCUCCGGAUCCCCCCCCACGAAACCGCGCACCUUCCGAACGGGGGGCGCGGCGUGGCGUCAGCACGGUGACGUAACAGCAGCCCCCCGCUUCCCCGGCUCGGGGGGGCGGCGGCGGCGGCGAAAACCCCCCGGAACCCCCAACCCCCCCCGAGACCCCGCCCCAACAUGGCGGCGACGACGGGGGGCGGGGCCUCGCCGGGCGGCGGGGGCGGGGCCGCGCUGGAGGAGGAGUGCGAGGUUGUGCGCGUGCGCGUCAAGAAGAACGAGGGGCAGCAGCCGCCCGAGUUCCGCUCAUUCGCUGUGGACCCGCAGAUCACCUCGCUGGACGUGCUGCAGCACAUCCUGGCCCGGGCCUUCGACCUGCAGGGGAAAAAAAGCUUCGUUCUGAGCUUCGCGGCACGGGAUGGGCAGGGCCAGGACACCUUUGUGCCUCUGCUGAGCGAUGGGGACCUGGCCAAUGCCUUCAACUGCGCCAGGCCCACCCUGAGGCUGCGCCUGGACGUCAGGAACCCUCCUGACAGCCCGCUGCUGGAGGACUGGGACAUCAUCAGCCCGCGGGAGGUGGCGGCGGCCGAGCCGGUCCCCGAGCGCCGCUCGCUGCUGGCGGCGGCCCUGCCCUUCACCCAGGCUCUGCUGGCACAGGUGGGCCGGACGCUGGCGCGGGCACAGGCGGCCCUGGCGUGGCCCGAAGGGACCCCGGCCGUGUCCCCGCCCCCUCCCCCGCCCCCGCCCUGCGCCCCCCUGAGCGACGCCGACCUGAGGUCGUACCUGGGCCCAGGUGGGCGCCUGCUGCGGCCCCAGGACCUGCGGCUGCACGUCUUCCACGGCGGCGUCGAGCCCGGCCUGCGCAAGGUGGUGUGGCGUUACCUGCUGAACGUGUUCCCCGCCGGCCUCACGGGCCAGGAGCGCCUGUCCCACCUGCGCCUCAAGGCGGCCGAGUACUCCUCGCUGAAGGUGGCGCUGGCCGCCCGCGCCGCGCCGGCCGAGCUGGCCCAGGUGGCCGCCGCCGUGCGCAAGGACGUGGUGCGCACCGACCGCGCCCACCCCUACUUCGGCGGCCCCGAGGAGGGCCACCCUCACCUGGCCGCCCUGCAGGCGCUGCUCACCACCUUCGCCCUGGGCCACCCGCGCCUCUCCUACUGCCAGGGCAUGUCGGACGUGGCGGCGCCGCUGCUGGCCGUGCUGGACGACGAGGCCCAGGCCUUCCUGUGCUUCUGCUCGCUGAUGCGCCGCCUGGCGCCGCGCUUCCGCCCCGGCGGCCGCGGGCUGGCGCGGGCCUUCGGCCACCUGCGCCGGCUGCUGCGCCGCGCCGACCCCCAGUUCUGGGCCUUCCUGGCGGCGCGCGGCGCCCACGACCUCCUCUUCUGCUACCGCUGGCUGCUGCUGGAGCUCAAGCGCGAGUUCGCCUUCGAGGACGCGCUCAAGGUGCUGGAGAUCACCUGGAGCUCCUUGCCCCCGGCGCCGCCGCCGCCCCCCGAGGGGGUCCCGCUGCUCGGAGCCCCCCUGGGCGCUCGCAGGGCCGGCCGGGCCUUGAGGGAGCGCCGGGGGCUGCGGCCGAGGCCGCCCAGGAGGAGGAGGAGGAGGAGGAGGAAGGUGGAGGAGGAGGAGGAGGAGGAAGGUGGAGGAGAAGGUGCUGGAGGAGUCACUCAGGGCUCUGGUGGUGGCUUUGGGGGGCUCAAGGGCUCCUGUGAUGGCCCUGAGGGUGCCAAGAGCUCCAGUGAUGUCCCCAGUGGUCCCACAAGCUCCAGUGAUGUCCCCGGUGGUCCCACAAGCUCCAGUGACAUCCCAGGUGGUCCCAAGAGCUCCAGUGAUGAUCCAGGUGGUCCCACGAGCUCCAGCGAUGGCCCAGAGGGUCCCACAAGCUCCAGUGGUAGCCCUGGGGGUCUCAAGACUUCCAGUGAUAGCCCAGAGGGUUCCAAGAGCUCUGGAGAUGUCCCCAACAGCCCCAAGACUUCCAGCGAGGUCUUCGAGAGUCCCAAGAGCUUCAGUGAUGUUCUAGAAGGUUCCAAGGGUGUCCAGGAGAGUCCUAAGAGCUCCAGCAAUGUCCCUGAUGGUCCCAGGGACAGCCAGGAGGAUCCCAAGAGCUUUAAGAACAUUCAGGAAGGUCUUGAGAGCUCCAGUGAUGUCCUUAAAGGUCACAAGAUCUCCAGAGAUGACUCCAAAGGCCACAAAAGCUCCAGAGAUGUCCCCAAAGGUCACAAGAGCUUCAGGAAGGUCCAGGGGAGACCCCCCAGGGGUGCUGGAGGAGCCCCCGAGGGCUCCAAGGACUCGGAGCCAGGUGGCCCCAGGAAGGUGGAGGAAGGCACCGACGCCCUGGAGAUGGAGCAGAGACCCCACAGCCUCUGCUGGGGGGCUGCAGAAGAGCCCAGAAAAGGACAGGGUGGCCCCAGAGAGGGACACGAGCCAAGAGAAGGACGAGGUGACCUCAGAAGAGGAGGAGGUGACCUCAGAGAGGGAUUGGGUGACCCCAAAGAGGGAGUGGGUGACCCAGGAGAAGGAGGAGGUGACCGUGGGAUGAAUCGCGAUGACCUCGGGAAGGUUCGCGGUGAUCUCAGAGAAGGGCACAGCUUUGGAGAAGGCCACAGCAACCUCAAGGAUGGCCACCAUGGCUUCAAGGAUGGCCACCAUGACCCCAGGGAAGGACGUGAUGACCCCAGGGAUGGCCACCAUGACCCCAGGGAUGGUCACCAUGACCCCAGGGAUGGCCACCAUGACCCCAGGGAUGGCCGUGAUGACCCCAGGGAUGGCCACCAUGGCUUCAAGGAUGGCUGUGAUGACCCCAGGGAUGGCCGUGAUGACCCCAGGGAUGGCCACUAUGGCUUCAAGGAUGGCCACCAUGACCCCAGGGAUGGCCGUGAUGACCACAGGGGUGGCUGUGAUGACCACAGGGAUGGCCACCAUGACCCCAGGGAUGGCCGUGGUGAUCCCAAGGAUGGCCAUGAUGACCUCAGACAUGGCCGUGAUGACCCCAGGGACAUCCACGACGACCUCAAACACGACCACGUCCACCACGACGACCACCACCCUCCCAAAACCACCCGCCACAACCCAACCACCCCCGACGACCCUUGGGGCGGCCGCUGGGCUUGGGAAGACCCUUCCUCCUCCUCCUCCUCCUCGUGCUCCUCCUGUUCCUCCUCCUCCUCCUCGGACGAGGAGGUGACGGUGGAGGACGACGGCGCGCCGCUGCCGCCUCCGGAGGAGCUGGGCCAGGGGAACCCGUUCCUGCUGUUCGUGUGCCUGGCCAUGCUGCUGGAGCAGCGCGAGGCCGUGAUGGCGCGCGCCGGCGACUACAACGAGGUGGCCAUGCACUUCGACCGCCUGGUGCGCCGGCACCACCUGCCGCGCGUCCUGCGCCGCGCCAAGGCGCUCUUCGCCAGGUACCUGGAGGGGUGGGGCGCCACCGCCCCGGGGGGACCCCAAACGGGGCCUCCCUCGGGGUGAAAAGGGGAGAGGGUGGGGGAAAGGU